UCGUAUGAUCGAAGGGACAGUCGAUAUGGAAGAAGUAUGUCCAGAGAUCGACGAGAGAAGUCCUUUGACGUCGAAGAUCCUAUUGAUGCCCCGAACGAGGACCUAGGACGGGCACGUGAUGGAUCAGAGGAUAGCAAAGGAUCUAGACUUGAUUAUAGGGACCGGAAUGACUCUGCGAGAAGUCGACACGAUUCUCGUGAUCGAAAUGGUUCUGCAAGAGGCCGAUAUGAUUCCCGAGACCGGAAUGGUUCUGGGAGAAGCCGACAUGAUUCCCGAGACCGGAAUGGUUCUGGGAGAAGUCGACAUGAUUCCCGAGACCGGAAUGGUUCUGGGAGAAGUCGACACGAUUCCCGAGAUCGGAAUGGUUCUGCGAGAAGUCGACACGAUUCCCGUGACCGGAACGACUCUGGAAAGCACCGAGUAGAUUCACGCGAUCGGCAUGUUUCCAGCCAAAGUAGGCACAAUUCUCGUGAUCGAGAUGGCUCUGGAAGGAAUCGAAAUGAUUCACGCGAUCGGAAUGCUUCUGGAAGAAGCCGAUACGAUUCACGGGAUCGAGAAAGCUCGAGCAGGAGCAGACACGAUUCACGAGAUCGUCGAGGAUCUCAUGACGAUCGAAGAGAUUCUCGCGACCGAAACCAAUCAUCAAAAAGCCGAAAUCGAUCAUUGGAUGGCUACAGAUCCAGCCAAGGAAGAACUCGAUCCUCUGGAUACUCUCGCGGGAAUUCCCGAGAUAGGAAGGAUGAUUCUCGAGAUCGAGCAGAUGAUUAUCGACGAAGAGGUGAUGACAGUCGUCGUGGAUCCAGGACUGAGGAGCAAGAGGGAUCCAAUGAUUCUCGCAACAAUCCAAGUCCGACCCCGUCCAAAUUCAAAGGAGACUGGGGCUUUGGUCGACCCGAUUCGACUCAAAGUUAUGACGACCGUUACGAGAUCCAACCCUCAUCUCGGGAUGGUUUCGACAAAAAGCGCUCGGCUGAUUUCAAGGGACCACGGAGAGAUUCGACUCACAAUCGCAGAUCUGGAUCCCGAAGAACUCCGCCUUCGAGGGGCUCACGUCCGGAUUCCUACGAUAAUCGAGAUCAUCGCUCAGUAUCGAAGUAUCACGUGGGGAAUUUUGAUGACAACAAAUAUCGCUCAACUCGUGGUCGAGACAUGCCAACCGUGUCUUGAAGACCUCGUCAGCACCGCUCAAACAAGUAGAUGCUAGGUUACAUCUAAUGAAAUGAGCUGAGUUCUUUUUUCAACCUUGAUUUAGACACACAUUGUCAUACACACAAUUGGUGAAUAAAACAGGAAUGGAAUUCCUUGAUGGAUUCCGUCAACUUUUGAUUA